GCUUACAAGGUUUUCACACCAGGACGAGAAGACACCACCAUGAGAAUCUCACCAUCGACAUGGACAGGGACUACUUUGGUGCUCUUCAUUGUCAUCCAAGGAGCAUCAAGAGCCUGCACAGUAAAGAAACUGGGCAGCAACCCGGGCAGAUUCGCCAACGCCACUUUGGUGCGCCUCUCUGAGUUUUUAAGCGCUGGCUACAAGAAGGGAGUGCGACCGGUGAAGGACUGGAGGACGUCCACCCUGGUGGCCAUCGACCUCAUGGUCUAUUCCAUCCUCAACGUGGAUGAGAAGAACCAGGUCCUGACCACUUACGUCUGGUACAGACAGUCGUGGACGGAUGAAUUCUUGGUCUGGAAUCCGGAGGACUUUGAUGAGGUUAAGCAAGUUUCUCUACCGACUGCCAACGUGUGGGUGCCAGACAUCCUCAUCAAUGAGUUCGUGGACGUGGGGAAGUCUCCCGACAUACCGUACGUCUACGUGACUCACACCGGCCUGGUGCGCAACUACAAACCCAUCCAGGUGGUCACCGCCUGCACGCUCAACAUCUACAACUUCCCUUUCGACGUCCAGAAAUGCAGCCUGACCUUCCAGAGCUGGCUCCACACAAUUGACGACAUCAACAUCACGUUGAUGCGAAGACCCGAGGAGCUGAGGGAGGACAAGAGCGUCUUCAUGAACCAAGGAGAGUGGGAGCUUCUGCACAUUCUGUCCAACUACAAGAUCUUCAGCGUGGACGACGACGACUACUAUGCCGAGAUGAAGUUCCACGUGGUGAUCCGUCGACGGCCGUUAUUCUACACGGUCAACUUGCUGCUGCCCAGCAUCUUCCUGAUGGUGAUGGACAUCGUGGGGUUCUAUCUUCCACCUGACAGCGGCGAGAGGGUUUCCUUCAAGAUCACCUUACUGUUGGGAUACUCCGUCUUCCUCAUCAUCGUCUCCGACACUCUGCCCGCCACCGCCAUUGGAACCCCUCUGAUAGGUGUCUAUUUCGUGGUCUGCAUGGCCCUCCUGGUGAUCAGCCUGACGGAAACGGUGCUGAUUGUGCGUCUGGUCCACAAGCAGGACCUGCAGCCCCCAGUACCCCACUGGCUGAAAUACCUGGUCCUGGAGAGAGCCCCGGCCCUCUUCUGCAUCCACAAGAAGCACCGACUAUGCUCCAGAUUGUCCUCCCAGGACUCAGACCUGGAUCAGUACAAGGAAAGCAACUAUGGGACUGCCCAGUGUACACUCCACCACACCUGCGAGAUCGGCCGGCGGCACGACAGAGAAGCGGGCCUCCAGGUCCGGGACCUGCCCCCCACCAGGGAAGCGUCCCCGCCCGUCCUGAGCAACAUCCUGCAAGAGGUGACGGCCAUACGCAGCUUCCUGGAAAAGCGGGACCGCUGCCGGGAGGUGGCUAAGGAGUGGCUGCAGGUGGGCUACGUGCUGGACGUGCUGCUCUUCAGGGUCUACCUGCUGGCCGUGGUGGCGUACAGCAUCACCCUGGGCACGCUGUGGUCGGUGUGGCAGGUGGCCUGAGAGCGCCACGGCGCAAAAUGCUGCGUUGUGCAAGCUCGGGAGGGACGCGGGAAUUAGCCCGCUAAAAGUUGGAGGCACUUGCGAGCCACGGAGUUGGAGGCGCAAAUUUAUGGACGUCAAUUUCAGGAUCCAAAGGGGCAACACAAGGAUCUCUGGUCUGAUAUACAGUUCCAUAAACAUGUAUCAUUCAUAUUUGCUUCAAAUGACACUCUUACGUAUUCAAUAUUGCUAUAAUGUAAAAUAUACAUGUUUUAUUAAUCCCAGUUAAAUAUAAUGAAGACUCCAUAUUAUGACAAAAAUGCUCUUUUGUUGUCAUUUUCCAAACGUGUUACUUGAACGCGCCACAGUUAUCUGCCCAAAAUUUGUUGGCAGUUUUGAUUACCGAUACCGUGGGGGUUUGUUUUGAAGUGACAUUUUGUCACGAGUCGGAGUCUCCACAUGACACACAUUUCAGGUAAUGGGGAGCAUGGUUGGGGGCGUGGUUAUUUAAAGCUGUUGUUUGUGCAGUUGUGCACUGCACUUUCUAAAGUAGAUGUUAUUGUCACAAAUGCAUGAUUGAUUGAUUGAUUGAAACUUUUAUUAGUAGAUUGCACAGUUCAGUACAUAUUCCGUACAAUUGACCAGUAAAAGGUAACACCGCAAUAAGUUUUUCAACUUGUUUAAGUCGGGGUCCAUGUUAAUCAAUUCAUGGUACGAAUAUAUACUAUAAGCAUAAUACAGUCAUUACACAAGUUAAUCAUCAUAGUAUAUACAUUGAAUUAUUUACAAUCCGGGGGGUGGGAUGAGGAGCUUUGGUUGAUAUCAGUACUUCAGUCAUCAACAAUUGCAUCAACAGAGAAAUGGACACUAAAACAUUGUAGGUGUGACUUAGCAGGAUAUGUACAGCGAGCAGAGAACAUAGUGAGUUCAGAUAGCAUAAGAACAAGUAUAUACAUUAGAAAUACAUUCAAUUAUUUACAUUAGGUUAUUUACAAUCCGGGGAGAUGGGAUGUGAAUGGAGGAGGAUUAGUAAAGGGUUGAAGUUGCCUAGAGGUGUUGUGCUGGUGUGUGUACAGUAGACGGCAGUAUUGUCCUGUUUAAGAGUGUCACAUGAUGUUUACGGCAGACGAACUGCAUUACGAUAGAGUGGUAGACGUAAACGUGACUGCUGUUGUUGUGUGUUGUUACUGCGCUGAGAGGAUGUCAAUGAAACUGCCUAACAAUAAACCCACAUAAGAAACCAAGAACUCGUCCUCGAUCGUUAUACAGUUAUAACGUCAUUGAGCAGACACGCUCAAUGACUCAGGUCCUCAUGGAGCUGGAGGGGGCGUGGCCUCCAGCUUCGCCUGAAUUUCAGGAGAUUUACGGGAGAAAAUUUAUCCCGGGAGGUUUUCGGGAGAGG